AUGGCAUUCUAUAACGCAGGCCCGCUCUCCCCAGGCCACAACUCCACUUCGGCUUGGGGCGGUACCGAUACUGCCGAAGAAGAUCCUUGGGCUGCUCCUGGUGCCUCCUCCUCCUCCUCCUCCUCCUCUGCCACUGCCAGCGCUGUUCCAACCGCAACUUCUUCCACCAGCUUCGCAGCUUCCCCGCCUGGUGCUUUCGCAUCUUUCUCGACUCAACAUCAACAGCAGCAGCAACGUCAGCAACCAGGCUCCUACUUUGGCGGUGCAAGCUUAGCGCAGGAAGCAGAUCCCUACGACCAAGACACAGGUUUUGGCAGUGGGCCAGCACUGCAAAGGGCUGAUUCAGGCUUUGGAGCAAGUAAUGCCAAUCAAUACCGUGCAGCAUCGGCGACCGCCGCAGGUAUUACCCAAUCUCAGCAUUCGAACGCACACUCUUCUCCCAGCACGUACGGCUCAGCUAUCAGCUCCAUAGACCAGCAUCCUUCUUCUCAGAAGCAUCAGCAGCAGCAAAUCACUCCUGCCUCUCCCCAACCACAACCACCUCAGCAGCAAACCGGAGCAUUCCCAUCCAACAUCAACGUCAACCAACCCACCACCAACCCUUCCACCUCGGCCUCCCGCUUCCAAUCUCACACACCCUCCACCCUCCUUCCAAACGAACACUCCUCUUUCGCCCCUCAAUCAUCCACUCAAUCAUCCACAGGUGCCGCUGCUCCCCGCCAACUCACCCCAGGCUACCCACUCCCAUCCUCCAACUAUACCAUCCCUUCCUACUCCCCCUUCGCCCGAGUCGAUUCCCUCUCCACCCCACGCCGCGAAACGAUGCAAGACAUGUACGGAGUCCCCGAAAACUUUCUCGAGGUCGAAGUCCGAAACCCACUCACUCACGGCGUAGGUCGGAAAAUGUACACCGAUUAUGAAAUCAUCACCCGUACAAACAUCCCUGCUUUCAAGCUGAGGUAUUCCUCAGUGAGGAGAAGGUAUAGCGAUUUCGAGUACUUCAGAGAUAUUCUCGAAAGGGAAAGUACAAGGGUCAACAUCCCUCCACUACCAGGCAAGGUUUUUACGAAUAGAUUUACAGAUGAAGUGAUCGAGGGGAGAAGGGAAGGAUUGGAGAGAUUUUUGCAGGUGGUCGCAGGUCAUCCACUGUUGCAGACCGGAAGUAAGGUCAUGGCGGCCUUCUUGCAGGAUGCUGGUUGGAGUAAGGAUCAGUGGUUGUAA